AUGAAUCCGAAACCAGACCCCACCACUACUGAUCAUGACAUGAUCGACGGCCAUGGUCAAAACAUGAUGAUCAAUAAGUUUAAGCCAGCUGAUCAUGUACAAGUUGAAGAUCAUGAUCAAGAUGAAGAAUUACUGCCUUUUGUCUGCCCGGUUUGUAAUAAGCGUUACAAGUCUGGAAAAGCCCUAGGCGGCCACAAGAGAAUGCACAAUCUCCCACCCAAAAACAACAACAAAAGAAAAGCAAUUAUUCAUGACGAUGAGGAGGAAGAUGAAGAAGGAAAAGAGGAAGAAGAUGUUCCGAUUUGCCUGCUCUGCGAGAAGAUUUUUCCGUCAAUGAAGUCGCUUUUCGGUCACAUGAGAUCUCACCCUGAUAGGGGUUGGAGAGGAAUUCAACCUCCUCCUUCUGCAGUCUCUGAAGAUCAUCGUAUGAUUGGUGACGAUGAUGAUGAUUUUUUGGAAGAAACCCCAGAAAAAAGGCGGCCCGUACUAAUGUCAUCUUCUAAUUCCCCUAAAACUCCUACUCCUCCCAAGCUUAAUUGGUCCAGCGGCACCGCGAAGAGAGUCAACGGCAGCAGUACUACCAGCGGCUCCUCCUCCUCCUCCUCCUCCUCAGGCGCCUCGAAUUUCAAGUACCAUGCCCCGUGGAAAUUGGACAACGCCAUGAAGGAAGCUGCCAUCAAUCUCAUGUUGCUUACUCAUCUCAAACCUCGCUCUGAAUCACUCUCCGUUCUUGAUCGGAUCAAUAAGAGCGAAGGAGAAGUGAAAGAAGAAGGGGAAGAAGAAGAAGAAGAGAAGCCGGGGGAUAAGGAGGAGUACUACGACCUGAGGAGGAUAAAGAAGAAGCACUUGAAGAGCAAGAAAAGAGUAAAGAAGAUGAAGUUAGCUGACCUAGAUGAAGAAGAAGAAAAAGAAGGACAAGUGAUUACUAAUACUAGUAGUAAUAACAGGGCAAAAUUACCUGCAAGUAGUAGUAUUCAUCAAUAUGUAUGCAGUGUUUGCGAGAGGUCCUUCCCAAGUUACCAAGCUCUAGGAGGUCACAGGUCAAGCCACAACAAGAAGCACAUCAAGAUCAAUAAUAAGCACGUGUCUAAUUCUGAUGCUGAUGGUGAUGAUUCGUCGCGGUCCGCGGAAGCAAUGGAUGACAAAGGUGAUGUAAUUGAAGAUGAUCCUGCUCCUUCUGAAAAGGAUGAUAGUAAGAUUUUUAAUGACUUUGAUCUCAAUGAGAUUCCCCAUUCGGAGGAUGGAACAAGUAAUUGCAAGUAG